GUUGGUAACAAAACAAGAAAAUAUAGAAAAUUCACACUAGAUGGCAAUAGGAAUCUGUUAUCGACGGAAGGGGGGAUAUCACGUGUACAUAACCUCUUUCAUUGGUUUUUAUUACAAUCGUGAAGAUUGGCUGUGAAUGCAUUAUUUUGUAUAAUUAAUAAAUUAAACUGAAUUAAUUUUAACAGCUUUCCUUAUAUAUUAUUGCGUUUAUAGCUAUUUAAUUUUCUUAUAGAUAAAUCAUGUUAUAGUGCAUAAUAUUAACAAAGGAUAAAAGACAAUACAAGCUUUUUGCCGAUCACUGAAAUUAAGUAUAUGUAAAGUACAGACUAUAACCUGCAAAACUACAAUUAUGUUGAUUACUUCCAAAUAUGUUCUAUAUAUAUCUUUUAAUGUACAAAGUAUGCGCCAACCAUUUUUUAAAAGGCAUAUCUCAAGAGCUGAUAGAAUCAAAAAGUUAAUGAGAGAUUCUAAAUCACUAUUUGGUCCAUUAAUCGAAACAAAAAAGCAAAGAAAAAAGAAACAAAAGUUAGAAGAAAAAAAGAAGAUAGUCCAUCAAGAAUCAAGUAUGAAAGAUACAGAAGAUGCAGAAUUGUUAUGGGUUAAAAAAUACUCUAACAACAAACUCCAAAGACUAAUUGUGACUACAAAGUUGCAAAAUAAACAAGUAAAUGAUAAAGAUCAGAAGUCUCUAAAGAGAUUUAGUAAGACGGAAAUUAAAAAUUCAACUCGACAAGAUACAAAAAAUCUUAUUUAUUCUGAAUCGAAUCAUAAUACUGAAAAAACAGAUCUUGGAUUUAUUAAUACAACUUCUAAUUUGUCAGUAGUCACAAAAGAUAACUGCAAUCAAAAAACUGCAUCGUCACUUAAUUCAAAUAGAUCUGACGACAUAGCUAGAAAAUAUGAUAGACCUAACUGUGAGACAUUGCCAGACAUUAUUGUAAAGAAUUUGUUAUCUUUUCCAAUUAUGAGCAGCAAAAAAGAUUUUAUAGAAUCAACAAAUUCUUCUAUAGAAUCAACAAAAAUAUUAUCUAUAUCUGGGAGAGAUGAUCCAGAAACGAUAAGAUUUCCCAGUGUAACAAAUGUCCUUGCGCAAACCAUGUCAUCAGAGUCAGAGUUGGCUCUACAAGUAUGGAAGCAAAGAAUGAUAGAAAAGCUCGGGGAAAAAGGAUUCACGGCAUAUCAGAAAGUAUUAUUAGAGGAGGGAAAGUUACUGCAUUCAUGCAUAGCUGAAAGCUUGCUUGGAAAAGAAUAUGAGAUUCCUCCGAGAAUUGAAUCUGCUUUUAAGAGCGUUCAAUAUAUAUUGAAAGAUAUAUGCUAUGUGAAAGCAAUCGAAACGCAUGUGGCUCACACGAAAUUAUGUUACAAAGGUGUAGUCGACUGUAUAGCUCGUUAUAGGGACCAUAAUUAUGUAAUUGAUUGGAAAAAUUCAGACAGACAAAAAUUGAACUUGAAGUACACAUACGACGCACCUGUACAACUCGCCGCAUACAUCGGAGCUAUCAAUGCUUCGAAUCUAUAUCCCUUUGAGAUAAAACGCGGAUUACUCGUAAUUGUGUACACAAAUGGCGCACCAGCAACAGUGCACGAUGUGUCCGAUGAUACUCUGCAGCAAUACUGGACAGCGUGGCUGCGCCGUCUGCAACAGUACUAUGUUAAACAACGAGAAGCGACGACAGCGAGAGCAUUCACACACCAAUAAACCACAGAUAAUUCCCGACAGGAGUCGGCGGGACAAGUUUUUAAUUCCAUCCUUUGCGCGUCAGAAGUUGCAAUAAUCUAUAGUCUUCGGGGAGUAGUUGGGAAAGCCCUUUCUGAGUCCGGAGGAAACCAGAGGACGUAGAAUACAGCAAGAGAGGGAAACCGCGUCGAUACGCCGACUUAUUAAGCCCUGUGGUGGGCUCGGGCAUUUAUGAUUUAUGACAAACCUAUGCGCAUUUUCCAGGCUGUCGGAGUAACGGUUAUUAAGAAAAUAUGCGACUAUUAUUGAUUAUAUGAUACUGUAAUUUGUAAAAUAUAUUUACGGCAUUAAAGUACUGCAAUUUAUAAAAGCUGUAUUUUUCUAAAGAGUUCGAAGAAUCGCAGAAUCGAUGAAGAUUAAUAUUCUCCGA